AUGCGCAAAAUCACUGCUCCAAAGCUCUCCGGGGUUCAUCGAUUUGCCUGUCUGGCUCUUUACCGGGCACUUCUCCGACAAUGCGCAAAACUACCGAGUACUGCACCAACCCUCAGCGAGGUCAAGCCAACGAUACAACAGAAAUUUCAUAGAUAUAGGAACCUCCAAAGCCCGUCGCAAACUCUGGACGCUCUGAAUUUUGGAUACGAGGCCCUGGAUUUAAUACACGUCGCGUCCCGAGGAAAUCAGAAUGUGAUCCAACGCGUCUCGACACUCAUUUCAGAGAGUCAGUCAGAAAGACAAAUAAACAGUUCAAUCCAACAAGCACUGUCCAAGGCGAAACCCGCAAAACCCAAAUCUAAGAAGGAGCAGAAGAAGAAAAUCAUCCAGGCAUUUGAGAAGCAGACCGCGCGACGACAUCCAGAUGCUAUUCCAAUCACUUUCCGUCCUCGGCCAGCUGUGAGCGGGAAACGUCGAAUACCUGUUCUCGUCAAUGCACGUGGUGUUCCCUUUUUGCGUAUCAAGAAGCCGCAACCGAUGAAUCUGAGCGGAGCGAUUAGAAGCAAGCUUGAGAAUCGCUGGAGACGUAUUGAACGGCGAGAAAGCCUGGAGGCGGCAUUAGAGAUUGCGAGAGGGGAAGAUAGAUGGGACCAAUUGACGCAUGGCCAAGAGCCAGCCACUUGGUCUCAGGUGAUUACAGAUGCUCUGACGGAAGUAAACGAUAAAAUUCGCGAAUCCGAUCUGCAGAACAAGAAACUCGCGAAGGAUAUGUGGAAUGUGGUUCUUGCUGAACGCAAGUUGGCGGCGGAGGAAGAGAAGAGAGCAUCAAAUGCAUGA